UCUCAGCUGACUGACCACGUGUGGUAGAAGCCAGAAGUUGUAAACAGUCAUCGUUAUACAACAGUUAAAGUUAGUUAAGGUUACAUUUAUUUUUAACUCAUUACAUUUUACUUUCAUUAACAUUUUUUUCCUUAUGUACCCUACGUCUUAAAAAGAAUUCAACUCGGACCCAGAAGUUUUGGAUAGACUUAAGACAGAAAAUAGGUUCCUUUCAGACGGGAUGUCCUCCUCAUCUCCCCCCAACCCUUCCGUACUACUAAAUACGGGGGUUCAAAUGCCCCUUCUGGGUUUGGGAACCUACAAGUUGUGUGGUCCUGAGGAUGUCUACCGGGCUGUGGAUGCUGCCUUGGCUGCUGGUUACCGUGCCUUUGACAGUGCAGCCGUUUACAAGAAUGAAGCUGAGUUGGGUCGAGCCCUGAGAGAGCUCCUGCCCAAAUAUGGCUUGAGUAGAGAGGAUGUAUUCAUAACCAGCAAGCUGGGCCCAAAGGAUCAGGGCGAGAAAGCCUUGGAAGGAGCCCUCACCAGCCUGUCGCAGCUGGACUUGGAUUACAUUGACCUCUAUCUGAUCCACUGGCCUGGCACGCAGGGUCUGGUAGUGGCUGAUCAACGCAACCCAGGCAACCGAGCUCAGAGUUGGGCCACGCUGGAGGAGCUGCAUGCCCAGGGGAAGCUGAGGGCCAUAGGAGUGUCCAACUACACACCAGCACACAUGAGAGAACUGGUACAGAGCUGCAAAAUCCCUCCUGCAGUGCUACAGGUAGAAUUUCACCCACGGCUAUGCCAGACAGAGCUGAGGAGAGUGUGUGAGGAGUACAGAGUGUGUUUCCAAGCCUACUCCUCUUUAGGGAAAGGAGAACUGGUUACUGAUCCAGUGGUUAUGGAGUUGGCAAAGAACUGUGAACGCACACCUGCACAGGUCCUGCUGCGCUGGGCUGUGCAGCAGGGUGUCCCAGUGCUCCCAAAGUCCUCAAAUCCAGACAGAAUAAAGGACAACGCCAGACUUUUUGACUUCACACUGAGUGACACAGACAUGGACAGACUGUCAGCCUUAGACUGUGGGCACAAGUACUGCUGGGAUCCCUCAGAAGUGGCUUGAUGAAUCACUAGCUGUCUUCCAUGGUGUUUUUUCUCAUUGCUGCAGCUUUGAACAUGCAGCUUAGUUAAUUCAAUCUCACAUAACAAAUACACUGGGUUAAUGUGUUGAGGAUUCAGGUAGAUGUAUGUAAUGAGAUAUCUGAGACCUCAGUUAACAUCUAGAACACUGGCCAAUUAGUUGCCUUGUUGAUUGUGCCCCAUAUGCCAUGAAACACUUAGAGCCAUUAAGGCAGUAGCUAGGUUUAGGUUUGCUGUCUAACACCCAAAUAGUAUUUUUCUGUUUACAAAUCAGUCAGUGUGCCAUCUUUACAAGACCUGUUCCAUAUUCUUCAGUCUGUUGCUUCAUGCUGUUUCAUAAUACAAAUUAUUGUUAUGGCUUUUC